GAGAUCGUCCUCAAGGGCAGCGAGUGGAUCAUCAACGAGAUCAAGGCCAGUGGCCUGCGAGGCCGCGGCGGCGCCGGCUUUCCCUCCGGCCUGAAGUGGUCCUUCAUGUCGAAGCCGCCGGACGGCCGGCCCAAGUACCUGGUGGUCAAUGCGGACGAGGGCGAGCCAGGCACAUGCAAGGACCGGGAGAUCAUGCGCCACGACCCGCACAAGCUAAUCGAGGGCUGCCUGGUGGCGGGCCGGGCGAUGGGCGCCUGCGCCGCCUACAUCUACGUCCGCGGCGAGUUCUACAACGAGGCCAGCAAUCUGAACCUGGCCAUCGCCGAGGCGUACAAGGAGGGCCUGAUCGGGAAGAACGCCUGCGGCAGCGGCUACGACUUUGACGUCUUCGUCCACCGAGGCGCCGGGGCGUACAUUUGCGGCGAGGAGACCGCCCUGAUUGAGUCCAUCGAGGGAAAGCAAGGCAAACCUCGCCUCAAGCCGCCCUUCCCCGCCGACAUUGGCGUCUUUGGCUGCCCCACCACAGUGGCCAACGUCGAGACGGUGGCCGUCGCCCCCUCGAUCUGCCGCCGCGGCGGCGCCUGGUUCGCCGGCUUUGGCCGCCCCCGGAACACCGGCACGAAGCUCUUCAACAUCAGCGGCCACGUCCGCUACCCGUGCACCGUCGAGGAGGAGAUGUCCAUACCGAUGAAGGAGCUGAUUGAGCGCCACUGUGGUGGGGUGAUCGGCGGCUGGGACAACCUCCUCGGAGUGAUUCCCGGCGGCAGCAGUACGCCCAUCCUCCCGCAGGACAUCUGCAGCACCGUCCUCAUGGACUUUGACGGGCUGGUGGAGGCGAAGAGCGGCCUGGGGACGGCCGCUCUGAUUGUGAUGAACAAGCAGUCGGACGUGAUCAAGGCGAUCGCCCGGCUGGCGCACUUUUACAAGCACGAGAGCUGCGGACAGUGCACGCCCUGCCGCGAGGGCACCGGCUGGAUGAACAAGAUCAUGUGGCGCUUUGUGGAGGGCAGGGCGGAUCCGGCGGAGAUUGACAUGCUCUUCGAGAUGAGCAAGCAAAUUGAGGGCCACACUAUUUGCGCCCUGGGAGACGGCGCCGCCUGGCCGGUCCAGGGCCUCAUUCGCCACUUUCGCCCGGUGAUUCUGGAGCGGAUGAAGCAGUACCAGGAGAAGAAUGCCGCCGCACCGUCUAAAAAGAAGGCCGCCUCUGCGUAG